UUUUAUAGAGGAGAAGAAGAAGAGACAGAUAUUUAGCUUCGUUUUUUCAGGUGAUAUAUAUUCAGAUAGAAGCUAUGCCGGCGGGUGGAUUCUCAUCGGUUCCACCGGCGGGGGUGGAGUUCGAGGCAAAGAUCACUCCGAUCGUCAUCAUUUCUUGUAUAAUGGCCGCCACCGGCGGCCUCAUGUUCGGUUACGACAUCGGUGUUUCCGGUGGCGUAACGUCCAUGCCGGACUUCCUGGAAAAAUUCUUCCCGGCGGUUUAUCAUAGGACCAGAAACCCAGGAACCGAAGGGAAUUACUGCAAAUACGAUAACCAAGGCCUGCAGCUGUUCACUUCGUCGCUUUAUUUGGCAGGCUUAACGGCCACUUUUUUCGCCUCCUACACUACCAGGAAGCUCGGUCGCCGCCUCACCAUGUUGAUCGCAGGUUUCUUUUUCAUCGCCGGUGUUGUCCUUAACGCCGCCGCUCAAGACCUCGCCAUGCUCAUUAUCGGCAGGAUAUUGCUUGGCUGCGGUGUCGGUUUCGCUAAUCAGGCAGUGCCCUUGUUCCUGUCGGAGAUAGCACCUACGAGGAUUCGUGGAGGGUUAAAUAUAUUGUUCCAACUUAACGUCACUAUUGGAAUUCUCUUUGCUAAUCUUGUCAACUACGGCACUGCUAAAAUCAAAGGUGGAUGGGGUUGGCGGCUAUCAUUAGGUUUGGCCGGCAUCCCAGCACUUCUCCUAACCGUUGGAGCCCUCCUGGUCGUCGAUAGUCCCAACAGUCUCAUCGAGCGAGGUCGUCACGAACAAGGAAAGGCCGUGCUCCGGAAGAUUCGUGGCACCGAUAACAUCGACCCUGAGUUCCUGGAGCUCGUCGAGGCGAGUCGUCUGGCUAAACAAGUGAAACACCCUUUCAGGAAUCUCCUUCAACGUAGGAACCGACCCCAGCUCGUCAUCGCAAUCGCCUUGCAGAUCUUCCAACAAUGUACCGGUAUCAAUGCGAUCAUGUUUUAUGCCCCGGUCUUGUUCGACACAUUGGGAUUCGGCAAUGAUGCUGCACUUUACUCCGCUGUUAUCACCGGCGCUGUCAAUGUUCUGUCUACGGUCAUAUCGAUUUACUCGGUCGACAAAGUAGGCCGGCGUGUGCUUCUACUUGAAGCCGGUGUGCAGAUGUUUUUCUCCCAAGUAAUCAUAGCUAUAAUUCUCGGACUCAAGGUCAAGGAUCACUCCGACGAUCUCCACAAAGGUUUCGCAACAUUCGUAGUCGUUAUGGUGUGUACAUUCGUGUCGGCCUUCGCGUGGUCUUGGGGUCCUCUCGGUUGGCUGAUACCUAGUGAAACAUUCCCACUCGAGACCCGAUCGGCGGGGCAGAGUGUGACUGUUUGUGUCAACUUGCUCUUCACCUUCGUCAUAGCCCAGGCUUUCCUAUCAAUGCUUUGCCAUUUCAAGUAUGGAAUCUUCUUGUUCUUCUCCGGUUGGGUUGUGGUCAUGUCGAUCUUUACGUUGUUCCUAAUCCCGGAGACAAAGAACAUCCCGAUCGAGGAGAUGACGGAGAGGGUGUGGAAGCAGCACUGGUUUUGGAAGAGGUUCAUGAAUGAUGAAUAUGAUGGAGAAGAGGUUACCAAAGGUGGUUUUGAAAAGAAAAAUGGGCAUGCUAAUGUUUUUGACCCAACUUCACAGUUGUAA